AUGGGUAAAGUAUCGAAGGCCACGAAGAAGUUUCAGACCAAACACUUGAAGCAUACUUUGGAUCACCGAAAGAAACAGAAGCAACAUGCCGAGAAAACCAAAGGUCGCAGAGGUAACAAGACCGCUCAGGAAAAAGAAGAUGCGGCACUUACGAAGCAGGACCAGCAACUGCUGAAGUCGUCGAAGGAAGAAGUGUUCAAGGACAUGAGCGUGGAGGACUUUUUCGCAGGAGGAUUCGAGGUGCCCAAGGCCAGCCAACAGAGCAAACGUGGAAAUGGCGAAAAACAGUCCAAAGAGGAAGACGAAGACGAGGCGUCGUCCAGUGAGGACGAAGAAGGUAUGGUAGAAAACAUGGCUAAUCUGGCUGAAAAGGAUCCGGAGUUCCAUAAGUAUUUGCAGGAAAAUGACAAGGCAUUGCUGGAGUUCCAAGGCACCAAUCCGCUGGACGGUAUAAGCGACGGCGGCGAGGAGGACGAGGAAGAUGAUGAAGCUGAAGAAGAACCCGAACUUGAAGUGGGAAAAACGAACAAAGACUCGUCGCAGACCGUCGAAGUGGAUCUCAAAAUGGUCAAAAAAUGGAAAAAAGAGCUCUCGGCUGCAUCCGUCAGUGUCAAGCUUAUCAGAAACAUCGUUUCGGCUUUCAAAGCCGCUGUCAACGCCAACAAGGAAGAGCUGGUUGACAGCUACAAGUUUGCCGUCAUCGACGCCAAAGCGUUCCAGGAACUCAUGUUUGUCGCGUUGCAGUACAUGCCGGCUGCAAUCGUGAAAGCACACCCUUACAAGAUCGUCAGGGGCUCCAGAACCCUACCGAACAACGGCAGCGUGAAUAAGAUCGCUACUGUGUUCAAGUCUCACGCAGGGUCUAUGCUAACCAUGCUCCACGACAUCACAAACACGGAAUCAGCCGUGUUGGUCCUGCAUUCUCUCAACCAGAUCUUGCCCUACUUUUUGUCGCACAGAAGAGUCGUCAAGGAAAUCAUCAAGGUCAUUGUCGAGCUAGGCGCUACAACCCGAGACUUGGAAACGCAGGUGGCAGCUUUCGCAUUCUUAAACAACGCUUCCAGAGAGUUUAAGAAAUCGUUACUGGAUACGGUUCUGAAAACCACUUAUUCUUCUUUCAUCAAAAGUUGCCGUAAGACUAACAUUCGUACCAUGCCAUUGAUCAAUUUCCAGAAAAACUCGUCUGCAGAAUUGUUCGGCAUUGACGAGGUCCUUGGUUACCAGGUCGGAUUUGAAUACGUGAGACAACUAGCUGUGCACUUGAGAAACAGUAUAACCGCCUCCACUAAGAAGUCUGCCAGGACGAAUCCUGCAGAUGCUUACAAGGUCGUCUACAACUGGCAAUUCUGUCACUCACUUGACUUUUGGUCAAGAGUCCUCUGUGCUCAAUGCAAUUCUGAAAAGGAAAAUGGCAAAGAGUCGUAUUUGAGACAGCUAAUCUACCCGCUAGUUCAGGUCACCAUCGGUGUGAUCAGGCUGAUUCCAACCGCUCAGUUCUUCCCAUUGAGAUUCUACUUGAUCAGAUCUCUCAUCAGACUCUCGCAGAACACUGGGGUUUUCAUCCCAAUCUACCCACUUCUUGGUGAGAUCCUAUCCUCAACAGCUUUUUCCAAGGCGCCUAAAAAGAAAUCCACCCUGCCUGCGUUUGACUUUGAUCACAACAUCAAGUGUAACCAAGGCUACUUGGGAACAAAGGUCUUCCAAGAUGGUCUAGGAGAACAGUUUGUCGAGUUAGUAUGCGAGUACUUUGUCCUGUAUUGCAAAAGCGUUUCGUUCCCGGAGCUAACGACCCCUGCCUAUAUCGGCCUACGUCGUUACAUCAAAGCGUCCAAAAACAGCAAGUUCAACAAACAGGUCAGUAACGUUCUUGAGAAGAUUAAGCAAAAUUCGGACUACAUUCUUAAUAAGAGAUCAGAAAUCGAUUUUGGCCCCACGAACAGAAGCGAGGUCGAACGUUUCCUCAACGAUGUGCCUUGGAACAAGACACCUCUGGGUUCUUACGUUCAAGUGCAACGCGAAGUAAGAGAAGAAAAGGCCAAGAUCCUCAGAGAAAGUUUGGAGGAAGAAGACGAGCAGGAGAAAGAACAUCAAGCCGCUUCUGACGAAGAGGAUGAUGAUGUCGAAAUGUCCGACGAAUAA